UCCAAAUCCACGUUGUUUGUGAAUGUUGUAAAAAUUGUGACAAGAAGAAGAGAAUAAUUUUUGUCUAGCGAUUUGUAUGGAUUUUCAAUUGAAAGAGGUUUUUCGUAAAAAUAUAUAUAUUUUGAACAAAAUGAGUGUAAGAAAUGAAAAUCCGCGAACAGACGCCAAAGAGAGUACUGCCGUAUUAGGAGAAAUUGAUGAAGCUGAAGAGGAAGCUUUGUUAAAAUCUGAUGAUGAGUAUGAUGCUGUGCGAGCAAAGGUACAACCAGCAGUUGGAACUUUGGCGCCACCAACAGCAGUACUCACGGACGAAGAUUCACUUAUGAAUGAAGCUGCGCAGCUACAAGAUGGCACAAUUGGUAUUGAUGAUGCCAGUUUAAGUGACGAGGAUAUAGCCGAACCAUCAGAAGUUGCCGUUGGGCAAAAAAUGGAACAUGGGCUCAGUGAGGACAGUGAUGAUGAUGAUGAUGACAUGGACGAUUCGGAAAAGUCACUAGCGGCAUAUAAAAAGUUAUGCAAAGAGUUGGAUGUAAACCAAUAUGCAUACGAUAAAUAUAUACAACUAUGUGAUUUAGCACAUACUACAGACGACCUGGAUAUCAUAAGAGAAGCAUAUAGCCGUUUUUCCGCUGUUUACCCCUUGUCGCAAGAGCUGUGGUUAAAGUAUUUGAGUAUUGAAAUGAAUGUAGCUCUGUCUCCCAAGGAAAUGGAAUUUGUUGAAGGUCUUUUUCGAAAAUCUUUGGCAGAUUAUUAUUCAACUGACAUUGCUUUGGAAUUUGCGGCAUUAGCUCCACGUUGCGGUGAUCCCGACAAAAUAUGGUGUGAAUUAUUAGGCACUUAUGGUUUACAUUGUCUUGAGGGCCAACAAUUUUUCAAACUAUACCGGGAGUUCUUAUCAGCACAUCCUGCUAUGAGUGCGGAAGCAAAACAAGAGGCGUACAUCAAGAGUUAUCUACAAGAAUUGAAAUACCCUCUUUUUAAUAUGGAAGAGAGUUACAUUGAAUUUAAAGUAUUUUACGAAAAGAACAAAGAACACAUCAACCAUGAAAUAAGUUGGGAAUUGUUGGAUAAAAAUUAUUUCAAAGCAAAAGAAUACCAGAGUAAAAUUUUACCUUUCGAAUAUAAACUCAAAGAGUUAGAUGUUAAGUGCUAUCGCGAACGUGCUGAGAUCUAUAUGAACUAUAUCAAAGAAUCUGAUAAAUUUCUUGAUGAAAAUGUGUUGCAAACAGUUUAUGAACGUAUGGUGGCCGCCUGCUGCUUAAAUAUUGAAUGCUGGUUAACGUACAUCGACUUCCUCACCUACCGUGACGCUUACGGGCGACCAGAAGAACUACAAGAUUUACCUAUUUUCCGCCAAACAGCAGUUGAUGUUAAUAAGCGGGCGCUGCGCAAUUGUACAUGGUCGGAAAAAUUGUAUGUGAAACAUAUGUUACUGCUGGAGCAGUUGGGUAAAUCGCGGGAGGAAGUGCAGGAAGUUUUGGAAUGCUCUAUGACAGCUGGUUUUCAAACAGCCGAGCAGGCUGUCACUGUCUGGUUGGAGUAUUUAACGUAUUUGCGACGGCACACGAAUUACGAGAAUGAUGACGAGUGCGACAUUCUACGUAAAAAUUUCAAUUUAGCUUGGACUAUACUCGGCCAGCAAUGGGGUGUGUUAGCGGAUUGCAAUUGCGAGAUCUUACAAUUGUGGGGGCGUUUGGAAUAUGGGCCGUUACAAGAUGCAAAACGUGGAAAAGAGCUCUGGACAACAGCUAUGGAAAGUGCCGACAAUGCAACACGCUCAGGACUGUGGAUAGAAUUCGCACAAUUGGAGCUGCGACGAGACUUGGAAGCCACGAGGAAAUUAUUUCGCAAAGCUUUGCAUUCACCUGGACUUGAUAAUCCAAUGGUAAUUGUGGCAGCUUGGGAACGCUUCGAACGUUGCAAUGGCACAACCAAAACUCUUAGUAACUGCAUAGGGGAAUGUGCUGAAUUCAAAAUACAGUAUCGUACAGAAGUUUUACCCGUGAAAUCUGAUUCAAUGGCAGCUAAUAAAAAUAAUCGAGGCUUAAAACGGAAAACAACCGCGGCGACUGAAUCUACGCUGCCGGAAAAGAAAGCGAAGCCGGAAAUAUUACAGAAAAAUGUACAACCUAGUGGCAAUAGUGGAGGUGGUGGUAAUGCCAAUGUACCUGGAGCAAAACGAGUUGAAACCGCCACAUUUAAAGAACAUGAAAAUCAAGAAAUAGAUUUAACCAAAGAUCAUCUACGCAUAUUUCUGAGUAAUUUGGACUACAGUUUAUCUGAGGAUGAUAUACGUGCCAAUUUGCCUAGUUUAAAAAUUGUAAAUGUGACGCUUAUACGUUCUGCGAACGGCAAAAGUCGAGGGUUUGGUUAUGCAGAACUGGAAAACGAAGAUGAAGUCGAGAAAGCGUUAGCUAUGGAUAGAAUAUCCCUGAAUGGUCGGCCGCUGUAUAUAUCCAGUGUUUUGCGCGACAAAGAAAAGCGACAGAAAUUCAAGUAUUCAGAUGAUGUUGAACCAAAGAAACUUUUCGUCAAAAGUUUACCCUCCGACACCACAAAGGAAGAAUUAGAGCAGAUUUUUGGCGCAUUUGGGAAAUUGCAAGAUGUUCGUUUAGUAUAUCACAAAAGUGGUAAAUUCAAAAAUAUCGCAUAUAUCGAAUACCAAGAUGAAUCAGCUGCAGGAAAGGCAGUGCUUGCUACUGAUCAACUCGAACUGCGUUCGCAUAUUAUUACAGUAGCGAUCUCAGCACCGCCUCCAAAACCUGCUUCGACCGCCAUAAAUGCAAAUAAAGUGCUUGGCAUAAGCAAAAAACAUAAUAAGGCUUUUGAUCAAAAGCCACGCAUGUCACUUAUACCAACAGUGGUGCGUAAACAACUUACCACCGCGCAAGAUACUAAUGUCACUAGUGCAACAACUAGCAAAGCUACAAAUGGAGCGUCUCUUUCCAAAACAAAUGAGGACUUUCGAAAAUUAUUACUCAAAUAAGUGUGGCUUGUCGUCAUUGAAUGAAAUUACAGCCACCACCGAUAUUAUAUCGGUAGUAUUUAUCUACCCCAUUGUGAAUUAAAUAGUGAUUAGAUCGUAAAUAUUUAAACAAAAAACAAGAACAAUGCACCAUAAUAAUGUAUUAAUCUUUGUUUACAUUUUGUCCUUCCUUCCAUAACACGAAAUAAAAGGUAAUAUAUAUAUUUUUUGUAAGAA